AUGGGAAAGGAGGAGAUGGCUGGACAGCCGAUGCCUUAUGCCCCGAACUACAACUACCCGAACCAAGCGUACGGUGGCUAUCAGCAAGUCUAUGAGCAGCAGUAUGUUCCGGGACAGGUUUGCCAGCCCAACAGGUACGAGAAUGCUCCGGGGCAGCCCUUUUGCCAGGAUCGCUUCAGCUACAACCAACCGUCGCCGGGCUUUUACGGCGACUGCCGCCCCACGGUGCCGGAACCGGUGCAGUGCCGGCCGGUGGCGGGAUAUGCUGAUCCUUAUGCCCAGCCUGGAUACACCCAGCCUGGCUACAGCCAGAUGGACUAUGGCGCACCCAGCUACGGUCAAGAAGGGUCGUAUCAGCAGAGUCAAGGAAUGAGCUCAGGCGCGAAGAUGGCGAUGGCUGGUGCUGGUGGCUUAGCUCUUGGAGCUGGGGCGGUCUUCGCGGCCGAACACGCAGGCGACAUUGCUCAGUUUACGGAGGGUGCCUUCGAUGAUGUUGGGCACUUCGCGGGAGACGCCGCGCACGGUGUUGAAGAGUUCGUGGAGGAGCUGUACAGACCUCCUUUCUGGUGCUCCGAGCCUCAGUGGGCAAGUUCUUUUGUACAGUCCGCCCAGUCGCCAUCGGGUCUUGGAAAGGAGGAGAUGGCUGGCCAGCCGAUGCCUUACGCCGCGAACUACAACUACCCAAACCAGGGGUUGCUGUGUUUCGAUGCUGUUGUUGUGGCUGUGUGGCAUGUCCUAGUGGGUUCGGGCUCGCUGACAAACUCGUUAACGAAGGCUGUGCGGUACGGUGGCUAUCAGCAAGUCUAUGAGCAGCAGUAUGCACCGGGACAGGAUCGCUUCGGCUGCAUGUCUGCUUUGCUUGGCGACAUCGCUCAGUUUGCGGAGGGUGCCUUCGAUGAUGUUGGUCACUUCGCAGGAGACGCAAAGCAUGGUGUUGAAGAGUUCGUGGAGGAUAUCUUUUGA